AUGUCUGCGGCACCGAGAACCUUCCCCCCGCUAUACAAGUCUUCCGGGAAAGAGUCCGAAGACAGACUCGCGUUCUUCCACAUACUCGAGAGACUGAAGACGCAGAAGCGUACUGGAUGGGUCGAUAACGGCAUCCCCAAUGCCGAGAGCAUCUCUGAUCAUAUGUAUCGUAUGGCUGUCCUAGCUAUGUGUACGUCCGACACCAAGCUUGAUGUCGCAAAAUGCGUAAUGCUCGCUGUCGUACACGACCUGGCAGAGGCACAGGUGGGCGAUAUCGCUCCACGAGAGGGGACUCCCAAGGAGGAGAAGCGGCGCUUGGAGGCUGAAGCGAUGCAUAACUUCGUGCACGAGAUGUUGCACGACAGUCCCGCUGCGCAGAGGAUAAUGGCGCUCUGGCAAGAGUACGAAGAACGCGAGACGCCUGAAGCCAAGUUCGUGAAGGAUCUCGACCUCUUUGAAAUGGCUGCACAAGCGUCAGAGUAUGAGAAAGCACACGGGAAAGAUCUACAGCCGUUCUUUGAUAGUAGCGUACCGCAUCUGAAGCAUCCGGAGGUGCGCGCGUGGGGAGCCGAUUUGCUGAAAGAGCGCGAAGCCAGACGUUUUUUGAACCUUAUCACGGUACCACAACUGCCGACACCCUAUGGGUGUAGUAUCGUCAUUAGCACUGAGAAGUCCGGGAUAACUAGCAGAACUUUGAAGACUGGGAGAUGA